AUGGUCGAAACAAUCAAAAUCGAAACAACAACAAUACCAAUAACAACAACAACCAUACUCAUUCUCCUCAUCCUACCUCUUCUUCCUCUUCCUCUGCCUAUUCUUCUGCCUAUUUUUCUCCUUCGUCACCUUCUUCUCCAUCUCCUUCCCGUCGCCCCACUCGUUGUCACCAGACUGGCAGGGUGAGCCCGCUCACUCUGGCAGCCUGGGAUGUUCGUUCCCUUUUAGACAAUCCGAGGAGCAACCGACCGGAGCGGAGGACGGCGCUAGUGGCACGAGAACUGGCGCGCUACAAGGUGGACAUCGCCGCACUCAGCAAGACCCGUUUCUCCGAACAAGGCCAACUGGAGGAGGUGGGUGCCGGCUACACCUUCUUCUGGAGCGGUCGACCCAGGGCAGAGCGGCGAGACGCGGGUGUCGUCUUCGCCAUCCGGAACGACAUCGUGGGACGACUGCCUUGUUUGCCCCAGGACAUCAACGAUCGCCUGAUGAGCCUCCGCCUGCCUCUCCGGGGUGGGGGCACAUUCGCCACCAUCAUCAGCGCCUACGCUCCGCCGAUGACCAACCCCGACGCCGUCAGAGACAAAUUCUACGAGGACCUGCACGCCCUCUUGGCGACUGUGUCGAAGGCGGACAAGUUGAUUGUCCUUGGCGACUUCAACGCCCGCGCCGGCACAGACCAUACUGCCUGGAGAGGAGUGCUGGGUCCCCACGGUCUCCGCGGCUCAAACGACAAUGGUCUGCUGCUUCUCCGCACCUGCGCAGAACACCGCCUCAUCCUGACGAACACGUUCUUCUGUCUGCCGGAGCGAGAGAAGGCCACCUGGAGGCAUCCUCGGUCGCGCCAGUGGCACCUGCUGGACUAUGUCCUCGUCCGGAGGCGAGAUCAGCGGGACGUGCUGGUGACGAAGGCGAUGGCGGGUGCUGACGGGUGGAUCGACCAUCGCCUCGUCAUCUCGAAGAUGCGUAUUCGCCUACAGCCUCGCAGGAGACCUCAAGGUAAGCGACCCCCAGGUAAGCUGAAUGUUGCCUUGUUGUCUUUGCCCGCUCACCAUCUUCAUUUCAGCAAUGAGCUAGCUCUACGGCUAGACAACCUUCCUAUCGCUGCCGAAGCCGCCGCUGCCGAGAACGCCUCCGUGGAGAACCGCUGGUGUCAACUGCGAGACACGGUCCAGUCGACUGCGCUCGCCGUCCUCGGUCGCGCUCCCCGCCAACACCAGGACUGGUUCGACGACAACGUCGCCGCCGCCAUCAGAAAUCUGCUUGCUGAGAAGAAUCGCCUACACAAAGCCUACGUAGAUCACCCCACUGAGGACAACAAAGCUGCCUUCUACCGCAGUCGCAGCCAAUUUCAGCAACGACUGCGCGAGAUGCAGGACGCCUGGACUGCUCGCAGAGCUGAGGAGAUCCAAGGGUACGCGGAUCGCAACGAAUGGAAGAACUUCUUCUCUGCGAUCAAAGCUGUCUACGGUCCGCCGACGAAGGGCACUUCUCCUCUCCUCAGCGCCGACGGCAACACUCUCCUGACUGAGAAGACGCAAAUCCUGCAGCGAUGGGCCGAGCACUUCCGAGGCGUUCUCAACCGCCCUUCCGUCAUCUCCGACGCAGCCAUCGCCCGCUUGCCGCAAGUGGCGACCAACGUGGACCUCGACCUCCCGCCAUCUCUCCAGGAAACGAUCAGGGCCGUGCAGCAGCUCUCCAGCGGGAAAGCACCCGGAUCGGACGCCAUCCCUGCUGAGGUCUACAAGCACGGAGGUCCCCUACUGAUGGAUCACCUGACUGCGCUCUUCCAGGAGAUGUGGCGUCAAGGUGAAGUCCCGCAAGAUUUCAAGGACGCAACUAUCGUGCACCUAUACAAGCGAAAAGGGAAUCGCCAAGUCUGCGACAACCACCGCGGCAUCUCCCUACUGAACAUCGCCGGGGAGAUCUUCGCUCGCAUCCUGCUCAACCGCCUCAACAUCCAUCUGGAACAGGGCCUUCUGCCGGAAAGCCAAUGCGGCUUCCGUCGUCAUCGUGGGACCACGGAUAUGAUCUUCGCCGCCCGCCAACUUCAGGAGAAGUGCCAGGAGAUGCGGACCCACCUGUACUCUACCUUCGUGGACCUGACGAAAGCCUUCGACACGGUGAAUCGUGAAGGGCUGUGGAAGAUCAUGCAGAAAUUCGGCUGUCCGGAGCGAUUCACUCAGAUGGUGCGUCAGCUGCACGACGGUAUGAUGGCGCGAGUCACGGACAACGGUGCUGUCUCAGAGGCAUUCGCAGUGACCAACGGAGUGAAGCAGGGAUGCGUGCUGGCACCAACCCUCUUCAGUCUUAUGUUCUCUGCCAUGCUGAUGGACGCCUACCGCAACGAACGCCCCGGGAUCCGCAUCGCCUACAGGACGGACGGUCACCUCCUGAAUCAACGGCGUAUGCACUUCCAAUCGCGCGUAUCCACAACCACCGUGCACGAACUCCUCUUCGCCGACGACUGCGCCCUGAACACCACCUCGGAAGAGGAGAUGCAACGGAGCAUGGACCUGUUCUCCGCCGCCUGCGAGAACUUCGGUCUGGUCAUCAACACACAGAAGACGGUGGUGAUGCACCAGCCGCCACCUAACUCGGCCACAACCCCCAACGCGCCGCCGCAAAUCAGCGUGAAUGGGACCCAACUACAAGUGGUGGAGAACUUUCCAUACCUGGGCAGUACUCUCUCCCGCAACACCAAGAUCGACGACGAAGUCGCCAACAGGAUCUCGAAAGCCAGUCAAGCCUUCGGUCGCCUCCAAAGCACAGUUUGGAAUCGUCAUGGUCUCCAACUGAGCACGAAGCUGAAGAUGUACAAGUCCGUCAUCCUGCCGACGCUACUGUAUGGAGCGGAGACUUGGACGGUGUACGCAAAGCAGGCACGUCGUCUGAACCACGUCCACCUCAGUUGUCUUCGUCGCAUCCUGAGGCUAAAGUGGCAGGAUCGAAUCCCCGACACUGAUGUGAUGGAACGGACGGGAAUCCUCAGCAUCUACGCCAUACUGAGGCAAAUUCAGCUGCGCUGGAGCGGCCACCUGGUGCGCAUGGACGACGAGCGACUACCCAAACAAAGUCUAUAUAGACUCAUUGUAUUGCACCCCUACACAGAAAUCUUUAGUAAAGGGCGAAAGAUUUAUCCUAGGGGGAUUAUGAUUCAUCAUGCUUCUCAUUAUGCUUCUAAUUGCAUGCGCGCACUGUGUUACCUGUAUCUGAUUCAUUUUAGAAGUACUAUCCUAGACUGCAUACACACAGUACCCAGAUGUUACCUGAAGGCAUAACCAUCCGUGUGCUAUCGCAGUAUUUGUAAGGGCAUGACCUUUCGAUAUCUACAUAAGACCCUACAGGUCAGUAGUCUUUUCUGCUGGAGAUACUUCUCUAGGUAGGACGACUGCAUUAUUUCCAGGAUCCGCGAAUAAUCUGUCGGCCUAUCCACUUGCGGUCCUGCUUUCCUUCGCCUUCUAAGAGACUGGGCUCUGCAAGCAGAACAAAGCGUAACUUCAUAUACAGAGUGCUAAUUCCUCUUUACAUUUUAUAGUACAGCAUUCACGUAUAGCAAAAAAACUACUGCCAUAGUUUUAAUCCUAUAUGUGGCCACAGUGACAAUACACUAUUAUUUGCAGAUUUUCUCUUUCGCCCAAACAUAUUUUUCGCAUUACAGUCUUAUUCCGCCUGCGUUAUGCCGUCCUGCGUGCCGCUGCGUGCCGCUGCUUGACUCUCGUGUUCUCAUGUCCAUUCUGUCGGUUAGAGUACUAUCACACAUACUGCGGAAUGACCUUCAGACACACUGCCUUCUUCCUAUUGAUUGUUCGUCUUCACUUGCUAUUCUUUCCUAUCUGGGGCAAGGAUGCAUUUAUUCCGCAUACCGUACUAAUUAUCCAUGCUUAAUUCUAUACCCUCCUUGCAUUUUUCACCUUAUUUAAAUUUGGCUUCCACUUUCUCAGGAACGCCAUUUACUGCGAUACACUUCAAGCGCCAUUUACGCCUCCACUCAUCUGCCCCACCCGCAUAGCCCCUAUUACCACCGGUCCCGUAAGACAGGUUGUUGGGAGGUUUCGGUACCGGGAGGGCUACCAACUACCAUCUAACCCCUAAAUGUAUGAACCAAGUCAGUGUCUAUAAAGGAAGCACACGCCAUCUCAUAUCGGAAAACAACCUUAUGAAUAAAAAGGACGUCACCAGUUCUGCAAUAUCUGAAAAGGCUUUUUGUGACAGACCACCUUAGUCUGGAGCUGUUGAAAGAAACCCUGUAAAUACAGGGAUAGGCUACAAACGAAUAAACUGCCUUUGCAUGGGGACGCAGCAAGUAACCUAGUAAGAAGACGUCUGAAUACAGCGAUCACUAGCGCUUUCCCCGCGGCGAACUUACGUGUGUGUUUCACGAACCCUCCCCUCCUACGCUUGGGAGAUAAACACCGACUCCCGUUGCAGGCCACAUCGAUGUGUGUUUACUCAUUCACUUGCUCCUGUGGAGCAGGAUACAUUGGCAGUACAACGAGGUGCCUGUAAAAGAGAAUACGUGAACACAUACCGGCUUGGCUAGGUAGAGGUGAAAAGAAAUCGAUCUGGAGUUCUAUUCUCGCAUAUCUUGUCGAUACGAAUCACCGAGUCGAUGUCAAAGAAGCCUUUCAGGUUGUCUACCGGACACCAGCAUGCUUCUCCAGAGGUCUACGUCAACGGGUGCUAGCUACAGCCGAGGCAGUGGUUAUACGGCUAGCUAAUCCAGUGCUAUGCUGUCAGAAGACUCUGACACAGGCGCUCUGUCUUCCGUGGUCAAAGCCGACCCAACCUCAUGAUGGCACUGGGGCGUGCACAACGUACCCAACGUACUCACAGCCUAUGUCCCCCCCCCCCUUCCUCGUCCCCCUUGACCCAAUGACCAAGAAACGCCGACCACACCAUGGCACGCCUCGUCAUGCGAGUGGCGUGGGAAUGAUGGGUGUUAAUAGCCCCUGAAUCACUUAUAAGCCCUGUAACUUCGCAUAAUUUAAAUAACUAUGUAACCGUUUUGGCCUGAUGAAGAGUUACCGGAAACACGUGUUUGCCUAAUUAACUUUUUAAACUAAAAAACACAAAUAAAUACUCCACAUAGGCGAACUUGUAGCAGGAAAAAGAGCAUGAAACCUCAAUUUCAAUAUACACGCAGUUCUUAUUCAGCAGAAAGGUAAUGCGAGGCGGGAACGAGGACGACGCAGCACACGACAGUUGACAUACUCAGGAGAGACAGGGAGAGAAUGGGAAAAACGGCAUACGGCAGUUCGGUAAAUUACGUAGAAUGUGCGCAAACUCCAACAGAGACGACGCAGAUGAAACAUAAUUCAGAGGAGGCAGUGGUUAGGCCAGGUCCGAAGGGCACUGAGAUGAGCACAGGAGUCGUGAGAUACGCCGUCUAAAUCACGUCUUCGCGACAAGCGACAUCAAGGGCCCCCUUGAUGCUGUUGGGCGUGUUGUGAAUCAGUAGGCGUCGUGUGGAUAUUGCCGUUCACCAAGUGCUUCGGCAUUCCAGCCUCAAUCUCUGCAAAGGAGUCAGUCGGGUUGGCCUGCCUGACUAGGACGCAUUACUGCCGUUGGAAGUUGACCACAAACUCACCAACGUGCUAUCGGCGCCUCUCCAGGGCUUCACGAGCAAUCCAGCACAAUGUGGACCGGCGAAACUCCCACCGCAUACGCUCGGAAAUUGUCGUGGGGUAUAAGCGUGGUCGUGGCAUUAGCUGUUCUGACGACGGCCUAGGAUGGCGGUUAAUCACGCACCUUCGUCAAUUAUGUCCAGGGAAACUCUCAUCCCGUCCUUCCAUAGAUAAUAGUCGUCCUACGCCAUCGAUUUGUCCGCCUUUGACAGACAACUCCAGGACGACCAUACCCUCCCCAUCGCCUUCACAAAUCACUCUAACAUUUCAUCGACCAUAUUGGAUCUCGCCGCUAUCAUCAAUUCGUAA